AUGGACUCAAACAAGAAACCCCUCCUCUUUUUAGACAUAAUACUGCGUGACUAUCCGACAGACCCUAUCAAAACCCUCAUUGACUCUGGCGCCACCUCCAACUUCAUCUCCCCCUCAUUAGUAGAAAAACUCAAAAUCCCAAAAACCCUACUCAAAAAUCCACGAGUAGUGAGAAUGCUAGAUGGUACCAUAUCUCAGACUGGUUGCAUAUGGCACCAGGUCCAACUCGCGGUCUUGGCCAAUGGCCAUCCCCACACUAUCCCCUUUCUUGUCUGUCCCCUUGGCAACACCUUGGCAAUCCUUGGCAUGACCUGGCUCACAACGGAAUCCCCCCUCAUUGAUUGGCAUCAGGGACUUGUUAUGUUCCCCAAACAAAUUCAAAUUGCCUCUGAGGAAGAAGCGGACCCUGACCCCUUAUUGAACCUCCCAACUCAGUACCACGAGUUUGCUAAAGUAUUUGGUGAAGAGGAAUUCAAGGUCCUCCCUCCACAUAGGGAAUAUGACAUUUCUAUAGACCUUAUUCCGGACGCCAGGUUAUCCCCAGGCCCUAUAUAUGGCAUGACAGAUGCGGAGUCCAAGGCGCUAAAACAACACAUUGACAAAGAACUAGCAACAGGCAAGAUCCGCCCCAGUACUUCAUCAGCAGGCGCCCCUGUCAUGUUUGUCAAAAAAGCAGAUGGUUCCCUCAGGCUUGUUGUGGACUACAGGAAGCUUAAUGACGUCACGCACAAGAACGUCUAUCCCCUUCCUAGACAGGAUGAUCUCAUGGCUAAACUACAAAACGCCAAACUGUUUACUAAGCUGGAUCUUUGCUGGGGAUAUAACAACGUCAGAAUCAAAGAAGGUGAUGAAUGGAAGACAGCAUUUAGAACUAAAUAUGGACUAUUUGAAUACUUGGUUAUGCCCUUUGGUCUCACCAACGCUCCAGCCGCCUUUCAACACUUCAUGAACAACUUGUUUAGGGAUCUCAUUGACGUGACCGUGGUCAUCUACUUGGACAAUAUCCUGAUCUUCUCAGAAAACCCAGAGGAACACCCCAGCCAUGUUAGGGAAGUCUUGUCAAGGUUAAUGAAGAACCAAUUGUUCUGUAAACUCUCCAAGUGUCACUUUCACGUCACCACAGUGGAUUACUUGGGGAUUGUCAUAACUCCCGCCGGCUUCUCCAUGGAUCAGAAGAAGAUUGAGGCAGUCAUGUCUUGGCCACAGCCCAGAACGGUUAAACAGGUUCAGGCCUUCCUAGGAUUUGUUAACUAUCUCCGCUGGUUCAUCCCCAACUUUAGCUCUGUCGCACGUCCUCUGCACAAUCUCACCAAAAAGGAAACCCCUUGGUCAUGGGGUAACCCAGAGGAAGCAGCGUUCCAGGAAUUGAAGCUUUGUGUCACCCAGUCACCUGUCCUUGUCCACUCCAACCCAGAUCUACCCUACUACCUAGAAACAGACGCAUCAGGGGUAGCUAUGGGAGCCAUACUAAGUCAACGAGGAGAAGAUAACCGGCUCCAUCCAAUUGCAUAUAUGUCUAAGUCCUUCUCGGGCGCCAAAGCAAACUAUGAUACGCACAACAAGGAACUAUUAGCAAUCAUCAAGGCGUUGGAGGAGUGGAGAAUUUUCCUAGAAGCAACAGACAGACCAAUCCAGGUCUUCACAGAUCAUAGAAACCUGGAAUAUUGGAGACAUGCACAAACCUUUAACCAAAGGCAUGCAAGAUGGCGCAUCUUCCUGAGUGACUUCAAUUUUGAAAUACACUAUUGCCCAGGGAAGCAAUCAGGAAAACCAGAUGCACUGUCCAGAAGGUCCAAUUACGUAGAUACGCCCCCAAACCCAGAAGUCAUGUUACCAGCGGAAGUAUUUGCCAACACGUCAGAAGAGGAACUCAAUAUUGUCACAGAAAUCCGCACCAAACUCAGGGAUGACCCGUCACUUGAACCCAUCAUCAAGUUCCUCACAGAAGACGCAGACAACGCACCCCUGUCAAUCCAAAAGGCCUACAGGGAAUAUGACUGGGAAGAAGACCUAUUGUGGUACCGCGGAAAGUUGGUGGUUCCAGACUCAGAAACCACAAAAGACCGACUACUCAGGGAAUUCCAUGACUCACCGCUGGCAGGACACCCUGGACAACAACGUACCCUUGAACUGCUAAGUUGCAACUACUGGUGGCCAGGAAUGAAAUCCUCUGCCAAGGAGUGGGUAGAAUGCUGCCCUGUAUGCCAAGCCAACCGGCAAGCCCAUGCACUGGUCAUUGCGCUGAAACCCUUGGAAGUUCCCCCGUUCCCAUUCCACACCAUUUCAUACAAUUUCAUCACCGGUUUUCCCAAGUCACAGGGCCACAACGCUAUCUUAGUGGUAAUUGAUUCAUUCUCCAAGUUUGGGCAUUUCAUCCCCACCUCCAAGAAAGUUACCGCCAAAGGCCUUGCAGAUCUGUUCAUCACCCAUGUAUGGAAACUUCACGGAUUACCGGUCAAAACAAUCUCUGACCAAGGAACCACUUUCACUGGGAAAUUCCUAAGGGCCCUCUACCAGCGGCUUGGAGUCAAACCAGCCUUCUCCUCUGCGUACCACCCCAAAUCAGACAGACAGACAGAAAGGGUAAACCAGUUCAUUGAGUUUUACCUACGCUCCUACGUAACCGCGGAUCAUUCAGACUGGGCCACUUGGCUACCUUUGGCUGAGUACGCAUACAACAACGCCAAACAUGCGGCAACUGGGAAAACACCUUUUGAACUUGUCUAUGGGCAAAACCCAAUAAUGAACCCUUCCAACAUCCCAGCCAACGUCCCAGAGGCAGAUGCGGUAGCAGAUACAUUAGCCCAAGAAUGGAAAGAAGCCAAAUCAGCCCUCAGAAUGAGCAAAGAACGGAUGACCAGGGAAAAAGGAACAAUACUGGAAUAUUCAGUAGGCAAGAAGGUCUGGCUAGAUGGGAAGAACGUGGAACUCAGGACCAAUUCAAACAAAUUGGACCCCAAACGGCUUGGCCCCUUCAAAAUCAUCAAAAAGGUCUCCAGUCAUGCCUACCGUCUAGAAUUACCAGAAACCUUGAAAAUCCAUGAUGUCUUUUACAUUGGGUUAUUGUCCAAAAGUCACAAAUCCCCAAAUCAGCCAUUUCCAGAACAACCUCCCCCUGAAACAAUAGAGGGAGAAGAAGAAUACAAGGUGGAGCAGAUCAUUGAUUCCAAGAGACAACGGGGAAAAUGGCUUUACCUGAUAAAAUGGAAAGGUUACGGUCCAGAAGACAACUCCUGGGAGCCCGAGGAACUAUUAGAACAUAGCCAGGAAGAGAUCAAGCGCUUCAACCAAGCUAGACUCAAAAAGGCUUGUGACGCCGCCAAGAGCCUUUAA